AUGAGUGAAAUGGAGGAAAAUUGUAAUUUGGAUGAUCCAAGACCACAUGUGAAUAUUAGUUUGCCAUGGCCUGUUUACAAUUCACAUUUUAAAGUUAAUAAAAUACUUAACGAUAAUGACUAUGAUUUACACAAAACUUUUGAAGUUUCUUGCAAUCAUUGCGUUACAAGAAAAACUUUAACUGCGGAUUCAAGAUCCAUGUCCAAUCUUCGUAAACACUUAAAGCUUAAACAUAGUCAUGUAAAAACUGUAAAAGAACUACUGAUGCCAAAUAUGAAUGUAUCUGUAAAUUGUAUAAGAAAAGAAAUUGAUGGAACUGAUAAACAUGACACCAGCAUCGAAUCAAAUGUAAAAAAAAUCAAAUUUAACACAACACAGACAUCUUUGAAAAGCUUCAUACGUUCAAAAGAUAAUAACAUAAGUUUAGUUUCUCAAGAUACUCUUAAUCAAAUGGUUCAAGAUUUAAUAAUAAAUGCAUCUCUACCAUUUAACUUAGUGUCACAUGAAAAUUUUAAGGAUAUUAUUUCUAAAGGAUUUCCAGGUAGAAAUCUUAUGUGUCGCCAGACUCUUAUGCAAAAUAUUGACAAAAGUUUCAAUAUUCUGUUUGAUAAAUUGAAAAGUAAACUUAACUCAGUUGAACAUUUAACAACAACUGCUGAUGCAUGGUCAACAUUUAAAAGAUCUUAUUUGGGUAUAACUGUUCAUUGGAUUGAAGAAGGAAGUCUUGAACGAAAAUCUUACUUAUUAUCUAUUAAGCGACUGACAGGAAGUCACACUUAUGACAUAUUAGCCAGAUCUAUGGAAUCUGUCUAUACUUUGUUUAGCAUUAAUAACAAAAUUUUAUAUACAACAACAGAUAAUGGCAGCAAUUUUGUUAAAAGCUUUAAAGUAUUUGGUGCAAAAGACGAUGAUAUCAAUGCCUUGGAUGAGUUGAAUGAUACUCAAUCAGAUAAUAAGACAGCCAAAAUGCUAUACAGCACCUUUAUUCCUGAUGAGGUUGAUGAUUUGGAUAAUUGUACUAUAAGAAAUGAAGAUGAAGAUAAUGAUUUUCAAGAUAUAUCCCAUUUUAAUAUUGCUGAAGUAUUUGAAGAGACAGAAGAUGAAGUAUAUAUGUUACCAAAACAUCAUAGAUGUGCAGCACACACUCUCAAUUUAAUUGCUACUAAUGAUAUUCGAAAAGCUAUUUCUGGUGCAAAAAAUGCAGUAUCCCCUCUGUGGAAAUAUAAGCAGCAAAGCAGAACAACCUUUGCAAAAUUAACCAAUCUUUGGAACAAGCAAAACCGAUCUAGUAAAAUUGCUGAUCUUAUAAAAAUUUGUUUUGGAGUAUACCUUCUCACUCCAACAGAAACUAGAUGGAAUUCAACUUAUGAUUCUGUAAAAUUUUUUUUGAAGAAUUCCAAAUCAAAAUCAGGACAAUUGUUUCGAUUGUGUGAUGAUAUUGACAUUGUCCGCUUUAAUAAAAAUGAUAUAGAAUUCCUUGAAGAGUAUACUCAAAUGAUGGAACCAAUAGCUAUUGUUUUAGACCUUUUACAAGGUGAAAAAAAUAUGUUUUUUGGUUUUCUAAUACCUUCUAUUACUGAGUUAAUAUACAAGUAUGAACAAUUAUUUAUCAAAAACCAAUUAAAAAUCGGUUUUCCAUUGGUAGAAGUAAUAAUAAAAAGUAUUGAAAAAAGGUUUGAAAAAAUAUUAAGUGACCAAUUUUUGACAAUAGCAGCUAUUUCACACCCAUAUUUUAAAACUGUUUGGAUAAAAAACCAAGUUAAAAAAGAUUUGGCUAUUUCAGAUUUUAAAAAAACAGUUUUAGAUAUGUUUAAUGCAAAUAGAAAUGAGUCUACUACUGAUAAACCAGUAGUUGACAAUAGUGAAGAUGAAGCAGAAGAUUCUUCUUUUUUUUCAUGGUCUAAUGUCACUAUUGAUAAACUUCAAGAAACGUCAACUAUCUCGGUGGAAAAUGAAGUGUGCCUUUAUCUGAAUAGAAGCCCUACAAAAAAACUGACAUCCCUUAAUGAAUUUCCUAAUGUGAAAAAAGUUUUUAUUAAACAUAAUACUCCAUUGCCUAGCAGUGGUCCUAUUGAACGUGUAUUUAGUGUUAGUAAUGCCAUACUAACAAAACGUCGAGGAAAAAUGGAAGACAAAACAUUUGAAAAAGCAAUUUUUUUAAAAUAUAAUUCAAGUAUUAUGUAA